AUGGCGACGGAGCUGGUCCCCGUGGUGGACCUCCGCGCGCUCUCGCAGCCCGACCUGGACGCCCUCGCCGCCGCCUCCGCGCACGCGGUCGCUCCGGGGAGCUGCCCCGACGCCGGCCCGCUCCCGCCCCUCAACAUCGACCGCGCCGUCUUCAACGAGAGCGCCGGCUCCCGCAAGCAGACCUUCUCCCGCCACCGCCUCGCCACCGCCUCCUCCUCCUCCGCCGCCCUCCCCACCUCCCCCGCCCCGUCGGCAGGCAAUGACCCCGACAACCACCUCAUCGCCCACCACCUCCGCCGCCUCUUCGCCCGCGACGCCCCCGCCCGCCCGCCUUCGACCUCCGCCCCACCCCCACCCCAAACCCUAGCCGUACGCGAGCCCUCGCCCCCGCCGCCGCCGCGGUCGCCGUCCCCCGAUCCCGACCGGGAGACCAGGAACUCCAAGGGCGUCUCCGUCGAUCUGGUGCGGCUCGCGGGGCUCGAGGACCCGUACGGCGAGGAGCUACAGAGACGAACGGCUGGGCUGAUGUCGGAGUACGAGCUUAUGGGGUUCAUCACUGGCCUGGAAGGGAAGUGGGCGAGCCAGAGACACCGGAGGAAAUUUGUGGACGCGGCCUUCUUCGGGGAUCACCUCCCCAGUGGCUGGAAGCUGCUACUCGGGCUCAAGCGCAAGCACAACCAAGUCUGGGUGCAUUGCUUGCAAUACGUGAGCCCAAGAGGACAUCAAUUUGGUACUUGCAGAGAAGUUUCUGUUCAUCUUAUGUCACUUCUUGGGUAUCCAGAGGCCAUAACGCUUCCUAUUCAGCAUAACAGCCCAAAACACUUGCGUGAUGAUGAUGGUCAUGAUGAUGGACAUGAUGAUGGACAUGAGGAUGCUCAUGAUGAUGCUGUAGGUUUCCAGCAACAAGUUCACUCAAGUGUGGAUAACCAAAAUGCUUUGCCAGUUACCGCGGUUAACGUUUCCAGCCAUUCUGGCAAUUCAAAUGAUGAUAAGGAAGAUGGAAAUAGAAAUCCAGCAAAUACUAACCAAAAUGCUUUGCCAGUUACUGCGGUUAACUUUUCCAGCCAUUCUGGCAAUUCAAAUGAUGAUAAGGAAGAUGGAAAUAGAAAUCCAGCAAAUACUUAUCAGUGCGAAAAAUGCAAUUUAACUUUGCAUGACCAAAGUGCCUAUGAUCAGCACCAGCUGUUGUUCCAUAAAAAGAGGAGGGGUAAGAGACGCAAGAGGAGUAGCAAAUAUGGUGAGCCAAUAGUAGGCAAAGAUGGAAAAUUUGAAUGCCCUGUGUGUCACAAGAACUUUGAAGAGCAAUCACGGUACUUCGGUCAUGUUGGAGCCCAUGCAAGGUAUGAAGGGCUUACUCCUGAAGCUUUCUUAGAUAAGAUAUUGUCAGGAAAGGCAGUCAACUACCCUGUGGGGGAGUUACAAUUUACUCUUCAGGAUCUUAGUGAAUCAACUGAACCAAAUGUCAAGACUCCGAGCGGAGCAGCAUCUCUACAUCAGAAUUAUUCAAAAGAACAAGGGCUCGAUAGAUCAAAAGUUAAAGAACUUUUUGGCAUAAAUUGUUCGGACAGUUUCAAUAAGCCCAAUGAAGCUUUGUGUAGACCUGAAGAGGUUACUCCUGUUACAGAUGCUCGAAGUGCUUGCAAGUAUGGAAACGAUAUGAUGGAUUAUGCUGCUGUAACUAUUCCAAAAGUAGCUCCUCAGUCCAAUGAUCAACUAAAUGGUGGAAUUAAUGGCUUUGCUGUUUUUGGUAAUCAGGCAGGAAGCUACCAUGCUUUCAGACCUACUACCUUCGCAAGUGCUAAUCACCGUUAUGAGGACCAGAUUGGUGAUCGUAGCCUGCCUUCUUCGAAGCAUGUUGAGUUCAGUAACACUAUGAAAGCAAGAGAUGUCAACCUUAAUUCACGCCUAGACACAAUAUCUUUCCCGAUUGCUGGUGUAAAUAAUGAAACAUCAACUGCCCUUGAUGAGGCUAAUCAAUCAUCUAUUACUGGGAAAUGCUUCAGUGCCAGUUUAAAUAAUAAUGACGGUGCAUCUACUACAUCAUCCUGUUCUGGCUCAAACAAUAAAGUACCUGGUUCCGUUGGCAUGUCUACUGGAUCAUCUAAUGCUGCCAGGUGCAUCAGUGCUAGUUAUGGUAAUGAUUCUGUUGCUAACAUUUUUGGCAACAAGAACAGCACCAUGGCAUAUCCAUCUAAUAUGAACAUGCGCCCUAUCUCUCCUGUUGUGACUAAUGUGGAUUCUUUUGCUUCCCGCUCGGAUCAUUCAAAGAACAGUGACAAAGAGCGUGCAUCCAACACCAAGGAACGAAUGAAUAUCACGCAGCACAGAACAAGAAAUGAAGCUGCAUUCGGUAUUGAAGGGUAUGGGACUGAUGUCUAUACUGGUGAUAUCACUGAAAGGAGUCUUGCCCAAUUUAGUAACAACUUGAGUCACCUAAAGCCCAAUAUUCCAAGCAGCUGUGCAUUACCUGAGUCAAACACUUUGACAGCCAGUAACUUUAUGAAGGGAACUCAUGUCCAGUGCAUCAAUGGUUCUUUUAUUUAUACAAGUGAUGCCAACAACAUGGAGGGUUCUUUUGUAAAUAAAUCCAUCAGCAAUAAUGAACCAAAGGGGUCUGCACAUGAUGUGAUGGGAAAGCCGAGUAACAAUAUGCAAAACUUCUACAAUGGGACUGCUCCUAAUUGCACCCCACCUGCAGUUAACACUAGUCAGAAUGUCAAUGGUGUAGUAUCUAUGCAGGGCAAUUUUGGUUACAUGUCCACUCUGGUCCAUUCUGUUGGUGAUGUUCCAAGGAGCAGUACAACCCAAGAUCAGUGUGAUUUGCAACUUGGAUUCGGUGGCCAGAAGCAGCACAUAUUCCCUGGUUAUGGAGAGCUUAGAUCGGCUGCAUCUGGAUCCCCUCAGCUUGGUGGCAUGGCAAGAAAUAAUAAUUUACCCACUGGAUCUUCACAGUUUGGCAAUAUGGUCAGACCUAAUUCUUUGCCUGUUGGAUCCUCUCAGGUUGGGAGUCUGGCCAGUUCUAAUUAUGUGCAAAGUGGAUCCUCUCAGAUUGGGCGCAUGGCUGGACCUAAUUCUACACCUCCUGCCGAAUCCUCUCAGUUUAGCAUGGCCAGGCAGAAUUUUGUCAGGACUUCCGAGCCAACUUUAGUGUUGGGCAAUGCGCCACAGAUGGGAAGUGGCCCUCCGGUCCAAUCAGGAUGGGAUCUGAACUUGUCAAGGAUGGUCGGUGGAGGAGGCAUGAUAGCAGCACUAUGUGUAUGGUGCAACAGCCAGUUCCACCAUUUUGGCUCGGUCGACGGACAGCAGGCUGAUAACUAUGGGCUCAUUUGCCCGUCAUGCAAGGAGAGGGUGGCUGCUCAGCGCAAUAUGCCCAAUAAUGGCUCGUGGCAACCCUGAGCCAGGCGAUGCGGCCGUUUUCCGAUCAUCUUUGUUGGUGAAUGUGAAGUAUC